GCGGCUGGAGCGAUCAGCGGUGCUUGACGCAUUCGCGUUCACGCAUUUUAUUCGUGCUUCCGGUUAGCAGCUUCUCCAGUUUCCCCCACACGGCGGACGAGACGUAGAACAUUAACAGCCUGUUAACAACAGGAGUUUAUCUUCAAAAGGAAGAGUACGGGUAGGGUUUUGAUUUUUGAGCAGAAAUUGGCAGUCGCGACAGGUCCGGUGUGUUAAAGGCUUAAGGCUUAUACUUCGUUGCGACUUUAUUUGUCUGUGCCAAACUUGGUACCUCUGCAUUUCAACGGCUAUAUGACCAUAUCACCCAGUCCCUGCUUACUGGUACUGCCAUUAUGACGCAAACGUCCGCAUCCUUCGCGAGUUCCCAACGCCGAGGUACGAUCUCCCAGGUUACAGAUCGCUGGAAGGAUGCCUUGUCGAAGAACGAUUUGUGCGAUGUGCAGUUCGCAGUUGGACGCCAAUUCGGAUCAGUAAAAAUAUUGGACGCACAUAAGUUGGCUCUCAGCAUCAGCAGCGACGUAUUUCAUACCAUGUUUUACGGAAGCUUGGCCGAGAAGGGUGACACCGCCAUCGAUAUCCCGGAUAUUCCUUCCGACGCUUUUAGCAAUAUGCUCAGCUACAUCUACACUGGUUCAGUAAGCGAUAUCAAUCCGGAAAAUGCUUUGCAGACACUGUAUUGCGCUGAUAAGUAUGACUUGCCAUGGCUGGCUGAGCUCUGCACGGAUUUCAUUCGCGACGGCUUAAACGCCGAUAACUGCCUGAUGUAUCUAGAAAAUACACUCACUCUUCGUGUUGUGUGUGACAGUGCGCAACGCUGGACUCCGGAUUGUGAUGUCGUGAUGGAGAAGUGCUGGGACAUCAUAGAUGUGUUCAGCGUGAAUGUUCUCCAGUCAGAGUAUUUCAACAAGUUGGAGCGGACAACGUUGGAGAGGAUUCUGCAGCGCAACACACUGUCAGCGGAGGAGAACGCCGUCUACAGGGCUGUCGAAAAAUGGGCGGAAGCCGGCUGCAUUAGCGAGAAUCUGCCAAUUUCAGUUGCUAAUCGCCGCAUGAUAUUGGGUCCGGCAUUCUUUCUGGUUCGCUUUCCGCUGCUGACUGACGCUCAGCUAACUAGCGGGCCGGUUAAGAGUGGUUUACUGAGUCUUGAAGAAAUGCGUACAGUUUUACUACAAAAACAUAAGGCAGACGGAGAAACAGCCAAGGAAGGACCGCCGAAAUUCCCUAAGAAACCUCGACAGUGCAUAAUGUGCCCGUUCGCGUCCAAGUAUGUUUACAAGCGGAUGGAGAAGGUUUUCGUCUUGUACAACAACGACUACUUUUAUCCGGCAGAGGUCACAAAAGAUAAUGAGUGUGCCAUGUAUGGGGAGUAUGAAGUGGAGAAAGAAAGGGAGGAAGGUGAGGCUUCCCGUCAGCACAUGGCAGUUCGGUCCGCCGAUAUUUUGAGGCGUGGUUUGCCAGUGGAAGCACAUAUUGAUGGAGGCUAUAAGGAGGCCACCUACGGCGCACUGCGUGCUGGACGACAUACCGUCAGUGUGGCCGGUCGAGAACAUAAUGUGGGCUGGGUGGAACUGAGGAUUGCUGGCCAAAACGUCGAUGAAUGGAAAGCGGCACAAAAGUAAAGAAAUAGGUGUUAGGAAAUUUGGAAUCUAGAUCUAGAGAAUGUCAGUGCAGAUUGACUCACUUAAUGCGUUGUGUCGCUUCCUAGUCCGAUAGCUUGCUUACUGUAGUUAGCUGCUUUUGUAAACUUGUAUUUAAUUCGUGACGCUCGCCGAAACUG